AUGAUUGAUUGUGAUUCAGUAACGACUGUGUCAUCCAGCCCUGAUUCAGCUGCUAUGAGUGGAGAUGAGGUUGAUAUCUCACGAUCUGGGGAACCAACAUCACAUUUUCUCGCUGAUCUAAAACAAAGACAUUCCGAAAUCUCGGUAACGUGUGACACUGAUACUGACAAACGUCGCCUGCUAACGAAUCACCGCGAGCGAAAACGUAUGCGGAGUCUGAACGACGCGAUGGAUAGACUACGUAACGUCGUCCCCCAUUAUCCAUCGAAGCGACGUUUGAGCAAGAUGGAAACGCUGCUUCUGGCUCAAAGUUAUAUCAUGGCUUUAAGCAGUCUUCUUCAGGACAAGGGUAGCAGCGAAGAAGACGCCGAUGAAGAUGGUGUUGAUAGUGAUCAUGGUGGCUGUGAUGAUGAUAUUGAAGAGGAGGAGGAGGAGGAGGAGGAAUGCUGA